AUGGCGCAGAAAGACGCCGCUCCAGCCGCGUCGGCUCCCGAGGCGCCUGCUGCCCACGGUAACGCCUCGGGGGCCUCUGCGGCCGCGUCAGAAGAGAAAACGCCCUUCUCUUCGCCGCUCCUCACACUCUGUCUGGCGCUCCAACAGCUGGCCCAAGGCGUCGAGCAACAGGAUGACCGGCCUAUCACGCGCAUGCUGCGCCAGUUCAAGGCGCUGCGCGCCUCCUGCGGACUGCAGACGCUUCGCUUCGUCGCCUCGCGCCUUCUCUGGGACGCCGACCUCUCGCCUGCUCCCCCGCCGAAGGACGGCGAAAAGCCCUCCGCUCCACGGGCUUCCGCGGAGAAAGUCGAGCCCGCGCCGCCCGUGCGCAGAGAACUCGACGAAGAAAGCGUUGCGUUCUGGGCCGCGAUGAAGGAGACGCUCGAGCACGCGCUGCAGGAGGAGAAGAAAGAGAGCAUGGACGUCGACGAUGCUGCCGCCGCGCCCACCGCCUUCCCGCUGUGCGCCGCGGAGUUCACUCCCGCGCUGUACGAGGUCGAGGCCUUUUUGGCGCUCCUGCUGCUUCUCCAUCUCCUCGACUCGCGCCGAUACGCCGAGGCCGCGACCUUCGGCGACUUGCUCGUGUGGCGCGUCGUCGGGCCGACGGGCCUGGAGGAAGACUGUGGGGUGUCUCCAACCCCACAGCCCCGGAAGGGCGGCGACUCCGCGGGCCCCCUGCGCAGGCGGCGGAGACUCGACUUGGUCGGCGCCAAAUGCGUCUUCUAUUGGUACCGCGCGCGCGAGCUCAGCGGAACGCUCACGCAGAGUGUGCGCGCGAAACUUCUUUCCGCGUACACGGUCGCCAGCGUGCAGCACGACACGAUGACGCAAGCGACGGUUUUGAACCUUCUCCUCCGGAACUACAUCGCCCACAACCAAUACGAGCUCGCCAUGAAGCUUAUUUCAAAGGCCUGCUUCCCAGAAAACCUCCGCUCCAACGCGCAGCAAGCGCGCCAUUUGUACUACCUCGGCUCAAUCCAGGCUGUCCGUCUCGAGUACAGCGCGGCGUUCGCGAAGCUUCAAAUGGCCUUACGCAAGGCGCCGCAGCAGCCGCACGUCGCCGCGGGAUUCAGGCUAGCCGUGUUGAAGAAGUCGAUUGUCGUCGAGCUCCUGAUGGGCGACAUCCCCGAGCGCGCGAUCUUCAACAGAAAGGAAACGCGAGCCGCACUCCUCCCCUACAAGCACAUCGUCUUGGCUGUGCGGAGCGGCGAUCUCCACGCGUUCGCGAGCGUCAUGGCGAAGUUUGAGAAGGCCUUCGUCAAGGACGGCACGUUGUUCCUCAUUCGCCGACUUCACCACAACGUCAUUCGCGCCGGGCUGCGCCUCAUCUCGCUCUCCUACUCCAGGAUCUCACUACAAGACGUAGCGGACAAGCUCGGACUUGACAGCGCGGCGUCUGCGGAGAGUAUCGUGGCGAAGGCGAUCCUCGACGGCGUCAUCGAGGCCACCAUCGAUCACGAGCAGAAAUACGUUGAAUCGAAAGCAAGCGUGGCGAUUUACUCCUCCACGGAGCCGCAGAAGGCCUUCAACAAGCGAAUCACCUUCUGUCUGCAGCUGCACACAGACGCCGUCAGGGCUAUGCAGUACCCCGAGGCCGACGAUACGCAAUCGAGGAAUAACGACGACGCCGACGAACGCCGGAAGGCGCUUCAGGAAGAAAUGGCUCGCGUUGAAGACGAAGAAUUGGAUGAUGACGACCUGUAUAUGCUGUAG